AUGUUUUUUGAUCGUGAAUCAACAGUGGUUAUUACUAAAUUCAAUAAUUUAUCUGAAUCAGUAUUAACUAAUUAUUGUAAAAGUUUUGGUAAUGUUCUUCGAUGUUUUAUCAAAACUUCUAAUCAAACUCGAAAUAAAGAUCCUUAUGCUCUAAUCAAAUUUGCUGAAGCAUCAAGUGUUACUUCUAUUCUUAGUCAUCGUAAUCAUACUAUCAAUGGUAUACAUGUUGCAAUGCGAAGUUAUCAUCCUGAUACAAGUAAUUCUGGUUCAAUACAAACACUACCAAGUUUAAUGUCAUUAACUCAACAAAAUCCAUCUAUAUCUAAUAAAAAUAAUGAACCGAAGCCAGUAAAUUAUGAUCGAAUUAUACAAGAAAAUCAUGCACUUAAACAUGAAAUAACUAAUCUUCAAAAAUCAUUAGUUGAAGCACAAACAUAUUCUAAAACUGCUUACGAUACAUUUCAAGUUUUACGAGAAAAAUUUGAAGUAGAACAAGCUCUUACAAAUAAACUUAAAUUAGAAUAUACAGCUAUGGUUGAAUCAUAUGAAGCUCGAUUAAAACAAUUAUCAUCAUCAUCAUCAUCAGUAUCGUCUUCUAUAAAAGCAACAGAAAAAAAUAAAAUAAAAGAAGAACCAAUUGAUAGUCAUUCUGAAGUAAAACAUUCAAUAAAUAAUUCACUUGAAAUGCAAAUAAUAAAAGAUCAUCUAGAACAAGCACAGAUUGAUUUAGGUAAAAGUCAAACUGAAAAUGCUUUACUUAAUGCUAAAUUAAUCUCACGUGAACAACAAUUUGAUAUGCGUUUUAAAGAAUUAAAUAAUCAAUAUGUACGUAUGAAAAAACAAUAUGAACAUUUAUCAUCAUGUAUUAAAGAUUUCCAUGCAAAAUUAUAUCCAAAAAAACGAUUAAAAUCUGAAUUAAAAGAAGAUAAUAUGAAUAAAUCUGAUCGAGAAAAUACUAAUAAAACGAAUGAUUCAAACGAAGAUAUAGUAGAAAUAAUUAUGCAAGUAGAUCCAGUAUUACCAUAG